AUGAGUGCUGAUAAUAUCAAUUCCACAUCUUCUUGUGUCUUUUUUAAAGCUUCGAUUCGUCGUGGUAAUAUAACAACAUCAUCAAAAUGUCGUCAAGAUUCAUCGUCAGUAACAACAACUAUAAAUAAACGUCGACAACAACGUAUUGGAAAUGAUAAUGAAGAUAAUAAUAAUGAUACAAAUGAUUCAAUUACAAAAGAAAAUUUAUUUGAUGCAAAAGCAGAUGAUAGUGGUCUUGUUCAAAAUAAAGGUCCAAUUCGUGCACCAACUAAUCUUCAUGUGUCUGUUCAUUGGGAUUAUCAACCUGAUAUUUGUUAUUGUGAUUUUGGUGAUAACUGUAAAUUUUUACAUGAUCGUUCUGAUUAUAAACAUGGAUGGCAACUCGAACGAGAAUGA